AGGAGGAGGAGCAGGAAGAAGAGGAGGAAGGAGCAUCAGGACACACAGACACACGGAGCCUCCGCCGCCGCCUCGCCGCCGCUGCAGCCGGACACACAAGCAGCAGACCCGGCAGCAGACCGGAGCCAUGGCCGCCGAAGACCCCCGCACCACGGCCUGCACCGGCUCCAGCCUCCUGCAGCCGGUCAGCGAGAUCACCAACCUGCCGCUGGACCAGGUAAACUUUGUGGUGUGUCAGCUCUGCGCUCUGCUCUCGGCCUUCUGGUUCCGCCUCUUCCUCCAUCCCAGUAAGACCAGUCCCUUCAUCAGACACGUGGUGGCCACUGUGCUGGGACUCUACUUCGCUCUCUUCUGCUUCGGCUGGUACGCCCUUCACUUCCUGUUUCAGAGUGGACUCACCUACGGCAUCAUGAUCCUGACUGGAGUGGAACACAUGCACAAGUACUGCCUCCUGGUGGCUCUCAGCUAUCUGAGUCUGUGUCAGAUCACUCGAGUGUACGUCUUCGACUACGGCAUGUACUCUGCAGACUUCACAGGCCCCAUGAUGGUGAUCACACAGAAGAUCACCAGCCUGGCCUUUGAAAUCCACGACGGUAAGAGUGGGGUGACUUGUAGCCUCAUUCA